GCCUAGCCUAGCCAGGAUCCUGGCACGAGAGGCGCGGACGCACGCGCGCGAGCGGCAGCCGGCUGGUGUAGUGUAUCGACGUUGUGGUUGGGGUUAUUUUAAACGCGCCUCUUUAUUUGCACCUUCUGGAUAAACAUGGGGAAGGUCAGGCUGAAGCCCACCAAGGCUAACCUAGGUGACAAGAGGCCUGUUGACGUGAAGAAAGGAGAUUCCGAACCCCUGGUUGCUGGUGGCCAGCCAAAAGUGCAGGGUGGUGCAACUGGCAAACAGCUGGUGCAUCGAUUAAGCCUAGCCUUCUCUACUGCCGAGCCAGAGAUGGCAAAGACAAAGAAAGAGAAAAGGAAGAUGCGUCAUGAGGCCUUCCUCAAAAAGCUUGAGGCUGGCAAGAUCAUUAAAAGCAAGCGCCGUAAGAAGAAACCAUGUGUGCCCAAGGCUCUGGACCUAAAGAAUCUCGUGGAUGCCCUGCCCACCGUGGUGGAGAGGACAGCUGCUAAGCCAGGAAAGACGCGACGAAAGCCUCGGGCAUCCAAAAGCUUCCAAGCAAGCAAGAAGUUACUGUGAGUCCUGUAGAGAUCUAUUACUUAAACUCUGGAAUGUUGUGCACAUUUGCAAUCAAAGCCAAAAGCUAGCUUUCUCU